AUGGCUUGUUGUUUUGAAGAAUUAGAUGAUUAUGCUGUGACACCGAUGAUCUUAUCUCCGUGUAUUCCUGAACAAUGUUGUGAAAGACCAUCUCCGUGCUAUGUAUCCUUACCGAAAUGUCCAAAACGAGAAAUCACUUUGUUAGAAAAACCAUAUAACAAAAAUUCGAAAAGAACAAAUCGAGUUGGUGAUAAUUGUUGCAGAGAAUUUAUAAAACAACAAAAUCCGUCUGAACUUCAAAGCCAACAAUCUUCUUAUUCCUCUCAAGAAUAUUGUCCUACAUGUAACAGCCCUUGCAAAUCUAUCAAGACAAAAUAUGUAAUACCUUGUUACCGUUACGAAGACGGUCGCAUUGUAAACCAGCUACCUUCAACUGCAUUUAAGAGAAAUGGCAUUCAAGAUCAAAAUUUUCUUGAGUGUGGAGCAAUAUCUUACAUACGUAAAUCUUGGAAAUUAGCUACAUGGAGUGAUGUAUCAUUUGCUCUACCCGUCAAACCUAUGAAGAAAUUGUCUAUUAUUAUGACUAAGAAGCAAUAA